AUAAUAUCCCUACCGGCCUUGUAAUUCCUUCGCAGCCUCUCGCUCGUCACCUGUAUCUACCAAACAACUACACAACUGUCUUCGCACAGACUACGAGGAAUCUAGACCCCAGCUAUCCGUCCUUAUAGUCUACCCUCAGAUCUCGCAGCAAACAUGUUCUCAAAAUUCCUGUCCGCCGCCUCGGUGGUCCUCGCAGCCAGCCAGCUGGUGUCUGCCCAGACCUUCACCGAGUGCAACCCUACAGAGAAGAAGUGCCCUGAUGAGCCGGCGUUGGGAGGUACCAUAAACGUCGACUUCACCCAGGGAGCCAACGACUUCUUCACGCUGGCUGACGGCACUAAGCUUACCUACGACGACAAUGGCGCCGUCUUCACCAUCAACAAGGAGACCCAAGCCCCCACCAUCAGCAGCAAGAAGUACAUCUUCUUCGGCAAGAUCGACCUGGUGGUCCGCGCUUCGACCGGCGUUGGUGUGGUCACGAGCUUCGUCUUGCAGUCGGCCAACCUGGACGAGAUCGACUGGGAGUGGCUCGGCGGCGACACGACCCAGGUGCAGACCAACUACUUCGGCAAGGGUGAUACCACCACCUACGACCGUGGUGGCUUCCACGCUGUCGCUAACCCCCAGGACGAGUUCCACACGUACACGAUCGACUGGACUAAGGAUUACGUCCGCUGGUUCAUCAACGGCAACCAGGUCCGUGAGCUGAAGUACGCCGAGGCCCAGGGUGGCGCUCGAUUCCCCCAGACCCCCAUGCAGGUCAAGCUCGGAACCUGGGUUGCUGGCCGCUCUGACGCUCCCGAGGGCACUGUCCAGUGGGCCGGUGGCAAGACCGACUUCAGCAAGGCUCCCUUCGUUGCCCACUACAAGUCCGUGACCAUCACCGACUACAGCAACGGUGUCAAGAAUGCGGCCAAGUAUGUCUGGAACGACGGCUCUGACGGCUCUUACCAGAGCAUCCAGGUGGUGACUGGCGACGGCACCGACGGGACCUCCAGCUCCUCUUCCGCCCAAUCUAGCAAGACCACGGCCACGGCCUCGGCGACUGAGACCUCCACGGCCACCAGGACCACCCUGUCGACCUCGGCCACGAGCGCCAGCGGUACCAGCUCCGGCACUGCCUCUGGCACUGUCUCAGGUGCCGCCUCGACCAGCUCGGGUGCCUCCGGGUCCAGCGUCCCCGCCGAGACCCCCACGGAGAGCGGCGAGGCGGCUCCGGCCACGAGCGUCCCCGCCACGGCCGGCGCCCUCAAGAUGGGCUUCAGCGGCGCCGCUCUCAGCGCCUGCCUGUUCGCCGUCUUCAUGCUGUAAAGCCCCGACCCGCUCUGGUAGACUUGCAACUGGCCGAACCCCCCUCGCUUUUUCUGGCAUUGGCGAAUCCGUGAUCCGUGGUUUAUCCACUUCGACGAAACCGGGCAAUUCACUUCUUGAAUGAUCCUUUGCACAUAUAUAUCCCAGAACUCGGCAUCGAGCGCUUCCUCGGCACGUCCUUGUACGAGGUGACGAGGGCGGUCGAUUCGCUCCUCCCCCCCCCCGCGCGCGCUUUUACACCCAUAGCAUUAUAAUUACGGUUCGAAUGGAUUUAUCGGGUUGCGCAGGGGCUCGGCGCUUAGACCUACUGCCGACCAACGUUUGUGGCGCAAGGGCGAACGGGAACAGGACAGUCAAUCAUUAGAACGGUUAA